AUGUAAUUGCCUACUUUCUUUCUUAAGUAAAUUGCUGGAAUUCGAGUACAAUCCAUGUAAUUAAAUCUCUUACUAACCCAAGUCGCCGAAGUCACCCUCAAAGCCUUCUCAGAAUUGAACAUGAAACAAAUCAAACAAAUGAAACUCCAAAAUCACAUCAAAGAUAACCAAUAAAACAAGUGUUAUAAGAAUGCUCUGCUCUUGCUCUAUCGCUAUUUGGAAGGCAACCCCUUAUUGGAUCAACGAAUCAUCAAAUUCCUAAUUGAAGAUGACGAAGUAUUAGCAAUUUAUUAAACCUACAAAUCCCAAAAGUAAACUCUAGAAAGCAACAAAACUUUGGAUUCCUCUGAUGAAAACAUCACUCCUGCCACCACACAAGAAACCAUAAGGAAGUUCUCUUCCAAAGACAUGAUUCUACUGGAAGAUGACAACACUUCAGAUUUUUUGAUCAAAAUAUUGAAUCUAAACUAUGAAUGGAAACUCGUCAAAUGUAAUCAUACAAUCUAUUUGGUUUAGAGAUAGAUCAUCAAGAACUCUUACAUCCUCAAAUGCUCAUCAAUUGAGAAAGUUUACAAACUAUUUACUGAAUAGAAAUAGUGGAGAAAUUCAUUCAAGAAGUUUGAAAUCUUCGAGACUAUAGACGAAAACAAUUUCAUAGCCUUGGAGACUUCUGUUUGGAGCAUUAAAUCCUCAUUCCAAACUUUUGUAUUUUUUAGUAAGUUUUCCAUCAAGGAAAAAAGUGAGAGCAAAGUGUCUUUCACAGUGGAGUUCGUGAAAGAUACUUCGAAGGAAUACUUGACAUAUUUAAAGAAAAACGAAUUAUUAUGUAAAAAGGUUUCAUAUGUUGAAAUCUUUAAAAUUGAUGAAGAACGGAUACAAGUUGUGACAGUGACCAACUUGAUAGACCAAGAGUAGAAAAAUCAUGUAUUACCCUCAUUGCUCAAUGAAGACAACUCAUUCGAAGUUCAAAUUGACAAACUGUACUAAUUGUUAUGA